AUGGCUUGUGAUUGCUCAUGCUCGAACGAUUCACCGCCAACAACAACCAACAAACCGCAUUCCAAGUCCAACAACAACAUGGAGAAUCCACCGGCAAGCGCACCAUCUUCUUCUCCAUACAAUUACCACCGUCGGCAGCUGCCUGAGCCUCCAGCAAGCGCGCCUUCAAGUUACCAAAUGCAGCCGCCGGUCGGGUCUCCAAUGCAGGAGCCACCGCCAUCGAACAAAUUACCAACAUCUUCAGCAAAUCCCCCACCUCCACCACCUCCUCAAGAUGAUGAUGAUGACGACAACAAUGAUCAACAAUCUGGGAAGAACAAGGAAUGUUGGCAUGAACAUUCAAGUUCAUUGUCAUGUCAUCCAGAGUAUGUGGCAUUCCUGGAGAGGAAUCGUCCUGUAAGCAUAGUUUGCUGCAAUGUCAUCCUCGAUGCUGGCAUGGAUUGUUCUGGCCCUGUCCCUCAUCCUUAUAGGAGGAUUACUGAACAUUGCACCCACCGAUGA